GCAAACACCACAGCCAAGCAGCCAAGCCUUUCAAUGGUGUCGCCGACAAGACCGCAGUCAUACGCGACCUGAUUACAGUUCCGUGUCGAAAUCAGUGCAGUCUUGGAUCCGAGCUGAAUCGACUGACUUAUACCGCGACACUCUCGCCUCCAUUUGUCGUUUGCGUGGAACAGCGCUAAUUUCAAGGUGUGCUUGGCGUUGCGCAGCCCCCCCGGCAGAGCUGUUGCGCUGGCGAGGACGGACCGAAGUCGUCAUUGGGUACCGUGUGGCGGUUCAUGGUCGUGGAAGUGCAUCCCACGCACGACGUCCAUCUGCAGCACGGCAGACGUCGACACUCGUCCAACCGGUUCCAGGGUGAGGGACCAGGGUAGGUCCCCGUCUGGCAUAGCGGAGCCCUUGACGACUUUCAGGAUCCACGUUUGAGUUCUUGCUCCACGCGGGAGCAGGUCUGGUCCGGGCCCCUCUGUCCAUGCCCGCUCAAAAACUCAAAAAUGUACUCACGCAGUACCGCAUUUAUCAUCAUCAAGUCCGCGCAUCUGGUUUCUUAUGCCCGACAGGGUUAGUGGCGACUUGGCCUCAUAUAAACAAUUUUCAUUGUCUUCCCGUGCUCAGAUCCAUCUUUUUCUCCAAAAUUUCCAGGUCCGCCCAAGGAAACAUCACUGCCAGAUACCCUUCAACUACCGCACAAAAACCCAUCGCCGCCGCUCGGCCUUGAACUUGAGGUCUGCUGAGUGCGAAGAACAAGAAGAUUUCUCGCUCAUUGACCCUGUCGGAUUUCCCACGAUACCCAGCUCCAGCAACUGGGCCUUUUUGACGCUCUAACAAAGCCGAUUGGCGUGGAAUAAAAAGACGAUUGCGUCCCCAACCAUCGACUCCAGCGCCUGCUCCAGUUUCCCGUCAUCGACUCCAGCAGCAACCCCCAAAAGGUUGGACUGAACCACACCAGGCAAAAUACAAAGCGUUCCUUCGCUGGCACGGCCUCGCGCACCAACGCACCCAGUUUGACCCUCUCGGUCGCAGCAGCCCAAGCCAAAUACGUCAAUCCGCAGCUCACCACCUCACCACGCACCGUCUCCAAAAAAAAAAAAAAAAAAAAAAAAACAAUCUGGAUGGACACUCAAACCGUGCCUUCUUCACAAGCCACGGACACUCGCAAGUGGUCCACGCCGACGCCGCCAGAUACCCCGGCGUCGAUGACACCGCAAUCCGAGUCCUUAUCGUCCUCCCCAGACUUCGUACAUCUUCCCGACAGACCAGCUUCCACCGGCACUCUUCCAAGCAAAGGUUACUAUCCGGUCCAACCUCACCAACACCACCACCACCCUUCUUCUAGCUAUCUACUCUGGGCUCUCUUGCAGACCCAGGCUGCUUCUCAUCUCCCCAACGCUUCCACCUCCGCACCCUCUUGCACACCAGCAUCCGAAAAUCCGGCUGACCUUCCCUCUCACGAAGACUUUGGCAGGACCUCGUCUCCCCCGGAGUCACUGCGAAAACUGGCCAUCAAGGGUCAACUCAUGGCUUCCGCCGCAACCACUCCCUCGUCGCCGACGAUCUCUGUCCAGGCUUCUACGAAUCGACAACAGCAGGACAACCAACAGCAAAAAGCCCAUGAAAAAGAACAUCAUGACACUCUUUUACCAGCGCCCGCCGUUGCCUUUUCGCAUGCGCUGAGAUCGCUCAACGACUUGGACGGUGGUAUCGGUGGUUUUGGUUUCACUGGUCAGCAUAACCCGAUAGCUUACAACUCCCCUUACAGCCAGAGCAUCCCCUCGACAGCUCCUGGAUCGCCGCGAAUCCCGCCCAUGCGCCAGAAUUCGGGUUGCGUAACACCCAGGAUACGACCGCAUGCCACGACGCUUAACAUUCCGGGUAUGACCCGAUCGAGGGUUUCUCCCGAUGGCAGAAUUCCCGAACGAGAUGUUGCCGCCAAGUUGGUAGUCAUCAUGGUCGGCCUGCCAGCAAGAGGAAAAUCCUACAUUACCAAGAAAAUUCAACGCUACCUCUCAUGGCAGCAACAUAACACAAAGAUCUUCAAUGUGGGGAACCGCCGACGUAUCGCCGCUGGCGUCAUCCACAAGGGUGAUCAGCCUGCUCCGACUUCGGCGGAUGGCCACGAUGACCACGAUCCCCACGACGCACCCAAAAGAGCAGCCACCAUCCUCCUAAAAGGCAAGGAUGCCCCGAAGAUUACGCUGGAAGAGGAUGAACCGACAACCCUGGACUUGAACGAGCACCGAGAUGAUUCAGCCCCCAAGGAUCCAAUCGAUCAGUCCGCAAAGUUCUUCGACCCGAAGAACGAGAUUGCAGCGAAGCUCCGUGAGCAGGUUGCGAUUGACACCCUCGAUGAGCUUCUGAACUACCUCCUGCACCAGGGCGGUUCCGUGGGUAUUCUUGAUGCCACCAACAGCAAUGUCCAUCGGAGAAAGCUUCUUGUCGAACAUAUUCAACAAAGGGAGCCCAAACUGGGCAUCCUCUUCAUCGAGAGCAUAUGUCACGAUCAAAAUCUCUUGGAGGCGAAUAUGCGCCUGAAGCUUGCCGGUCCUGAUUACAAGGAUAAGGAUCCCCACCAGUCACUUGCGGACUUUCGAGAGCGUGUCAAAGCAUACGAGAGUGCUUACGAGCCGCUCGGCAAGUGGGAGGAAGAGAAUGAUUUGCAGUACAUUCAGAUGAUCGAUGUGGGCCGGAAAGUUAUCCACCAUAGACUCCGAGGUUUCUUGACGGCCGGCAUCGCUUCAUAUCUGACCACAUUCAACCUCGCACCCAGGCAAAUAUGGAUUACUCGACAUGGCCAGAGCCAGGACAACCAACUGCACAAGUUGGGCGGCGAUUCGGGUCUGACUGAACGUGGUCACUACUACGCCCAGGCUCUCUACAACUUCAUCACGUUCAAGCGUAAGGAAUGGCUUAUCGAGCAAAAGAACAAGAUCGCGUCGUCGACCUUCCCGCCAGCACCCGGCGACCACACGCCUCCGUACCCCGAACUGUAUCAGGAGUUGGACGACAAGAACUUCUGUGUCUGGACUUCGAUGCUCAAACGCAGCAUCGAGUCUGCCGAGUAUUUUGAUGCCGACGAUGACUACGACGUCAAGCAAUGGGAAAUGCUAAACGAACUCAAUGCCGGCACAUUUGAGGGUAUGACCUACGAGGAAAUUGCGCAGCAGUAUCCCGAGGAGUACCAGAAGCGGUCCAAGGAUAAGCUUCAUUAUAUCUAUCCUGGUGUUGGCGGUGAAGGUUACCUACAAGUCAUAAGUAGGUUGCGUGAUAUGGUACGCGAAAUCGAACGUAUAACCGACCACGUCCUCAUCGUCGGCCACCGAUCUGUUUGCCGUGUCCUGAUGGCAUAUUUUAUGGACUUGACGAGGGAAUCCAUCGCCGAUCUGGAUGUCCCGUUGGGCAUGCUCUACGCUAUCGAGCCGAAGCCGUACGGAAUCGAAUUUCAUGCCUACAAGUACGAUGAGGCACAGGGAUGGUUCAAAGAGAUGCCAAACUAUAGGCCUCAAAAGACUACUGACAGGAACAACUGAGGGACUCGGGGCAGUUGACAUGCUUCCUGUAGCGAUUCAUUUUUUAUACAUCUGGGGCGUAUAUGGGCUUGGUCCUUUUCUUAUCUUUUUCUGUGGUCACACAGCUGGCGCAAAACGGUAUAUCCUAGGACAGGGCGUAGACGAUGCGAAGUUGAUGACCUUGAUGGAAGAAUGGAUGAACAUCUGGGCUUUUGUAGCUUUUUUUUUUUUUUU